CCGUUUUAGUCGUUAAUUCACCGUUGACCGGAUUGAGUCUCGCAAAAAUGAAUUUGUUGUUCAAGUGUGUUGCUCUAUUGGGCUUAGUUUUGAGCAUUAGUGAUUUUACACUGUCAACGCAGGCAAUCACAAAGACUAAUAAUAUUCCGCCAAUUCUAAAGCAGUGCCAUAAAGAUGAUCCAAAUCUUAACGAGUGUUUACGUAGAGCAAUAGAAUCGAUGCGAGCAAAUUUAAGCCAGGGCAUCCCCGAACUGAUGAUUCCACCGUGCGAACCAUUGAAAAUCCCAGAAAUUCGAAUUACACAAAAUGCUGGCGCAAUCCGAAUGGACUCGGAAUACAGUAAUGUCAUCAUUUACGGUCUUUCAAAUUUCACCCUGCGUGACAUUCAUGUCGAUCCAGUGACGAAACGAGCAAUAUGCAACCUAUGGUUUCCUCUUCUCAAAAUGACAUCCAAUUACCUGAUUCAAGGCAAAAUAUUGCUCAUGCCGCUGAUGGGAAACGGAACCGCAUCCUCAAAUUUCACUGAUAUUGAUGCAACUUUGACGAUGACAAUGAAUGGUUCUGGGGCGGCACAUAGCAACGGUGGCAAAAUUGGCGAUAUUAAAGUGGAAUUCAAUAUUGGUGGAGCUUCCGUGCAUCUGGACAAUCUAUUCGGUGGCGAUCCUCAGCUCGGAUCGAUGAUGAAUAAAUUCAUAAAUGACAAUUGGCGCGAGAUUACCGCUGAAAUUCGACCAGCCUUAGGAGAAUCCAUCGAGAGUAUUUUAUAUGGAAUAGCGAACCAAUUGAAUGAAAUGUAUGGCUUAGAAAAACUUUUAGAUGCAUAAUCUUUAUACCAUAACUACAAACAGUCACAGUGAUUACCAAAAAAAAAACAGUUUUUUUCGCAUUAUUUAUUACUGAUUCGGAGUAUUUAUUAAGUUUACUGUGUAUUGUGUAAUUUAUGAGUGUUUUAAUUCAAUAAAUAUUCGGAAACAGUUCCGUUGUUCAAGUGUCA